AUGGUUCUUCUUCUCAAAUGUGAAAAAGAAACUCAUUCAUUCAACAGCAAAGGGCAUGAAUCGAUAUGGCUGGUGUUCCCAAACAAGUCGAGCAUAUCGUCCAGGACGUAUGUUUGGGACAACUAUUCGUGUGUGAACACGAACAAUCGGAGAGAUAAGUCCAGCGCACCACCCAUGUCGCCGCCGAUUUCCUCUCAUGUGACUUGCCCUACUUGUCCUUGA